CAUAGUUCUCAGGGAAAAAGCAAAGUAUGCUUUGUGCUACAUCAUUAAUAUAAAAUACACCACAGUAUGCAUGCAUGCACCUAUAGUUAGCGCAAUCAUUACCUACGCCCACUUGCGCUUUGCACUGGCACGAAAAUUGAGCUUAGAAUUAUUCAGUGCACAUUCUUUGUGUGUAGCCCUGUGCUUUGAGCACUCACAAAUAUAGAGCUCCACGUCUUUUACUAUUACAAGAUGUGUGAUUCAUAUAAUAAAGUUACAGGUUUCUUAUUCUCAGAAAGAUGCAUGUAAUACAUCCAUAGCAGGUAGGUUCAAUAUUCAAAACAUUAAUUUAUGUUUUUCUUAAUGGCAUUCCAUAUACUCCAGGCUAAAUGUUUUGUCUGAGCCUGACCUCAAUGCAGUCUUUUAGUAUACCUAAUAGCAACCUUAUGAAAUUCUCUUGCCCAAUUGUCAAUUAAUUAUAAUGAAAGGCAACAUUGUUUGGAGGACAAGAUCUGCUUUAGACACCAUCCACAUUGCCACAUUAAUUUGAAGAGCAUAUGAAUGAGGCAUUCGAUUGCUUGACUCUGUGAGAGCAUGUUCAUCAUGGGACUACCCUGGCUGCUAGUUUUGGAGCUUGUCCUUUAUGCCGGCUGUUUCAUCUGUGGGGUUAUCGCUGCUGCCUGGCUGACACUCACUCAGGGCCACUUUGAUGGACAAUGCAUCCUUUAUGGCAGUGUUCUCUACAAUGAAUCCAGCCAGACUCUCACAGUGGAGGGCUCCACUUCUCCCUCUGUCUGCUAUUUUGUGUCAGCCAUAGCUGUGUGCAUGGCUAUUUACUGCUUUUCCCAUAUUCUCUACUGGAUCUAUGCCAGCUGUUUAGAUGAGGACUUAAGAAGGGGGACUGUUUCUUUCAACGCGUCUGUAGGAGUUUGUGGGCUUCUUCUAUUUUUUCUCUUGGUAUCCGGGUGUAUUCUCAAGAUUGGCAGGGACAGCUUGUGUUUCUCUGUCCUUCAUAAUGUUCCCUCCACUACCAGUUGUGAAGAUGCAGAGAAUAAGACAUGGGCCCAUCCCUACACUGGAAAUCAGUUCUACACUGGACUGCACAGUACUGAGAGGUCUUUGUGGGUGAGCUUCUUUUUCUGGGUGUUAAUUACAGCAGUGAUUGUCAUACAGAGACGCCAGAACUCACGGCUGAAGGUUUGGGGUGAUGAUGAGUGGAGCCGUGCUGAGACGGAGCCCUUCCUCCAUCGCCCUUCCCGUGCUUAGUACAUUUCCAGUGAUCACCAUCACAUGAGCUAGUUAUCAUGCAAUAGUACUUUCAGUACACAGAACUUUCACUUAGAUCACAAACAGCACCAACAUUUUUGGGUUAUUUUUGUUGCAACACCUGAAUGUUUCUCCUUGUCAAGUUUAUUCCAAAGGACAAUCAUAGCUAUUCACAUAAACAAGAUAUUAAUGUAUGAUGGAUGCAAUAAUGUAGGCCUACACAAAAUUCAACAGAUGUAUUCAAAACUAAGGCUAGGUAUCUCAACCCACCUCAAUAUACGAUACGUAUUGCGAAACACAUUACAAUUCAAUAUAUCACGAUACAUCACAAAAUCAUAAUUUGAUUCGAUCCAAUUCCGAUUCACAAGCUUUCAAUUCCAAUUCAUUUGGGUAUAUUUCAGUUACAAUGUCCAUUUUGCUUACAUACAGUAUUAAAGAAAUGAUCUUAUUUGCUAAUGCUGAAUAUCAAUGUACAUGAUAUUAAAGCACAAAUAGCAGAAUAUAAAUAUGGAUACAUGGUUCUAAAGUAUUGAUACAAUAUCAUGACAAAGUAUUUUGAUUUAUCAACAUAUAUUUGUUUGACUCAUCCCUAUUCAAAACCAUAUCAAUGAAUAUAAACCGAUCAGCCACAACAUUAAAACCACCUGCCUAAUAUUGUGUAGGUCCCCCUCGUGCCACCAAAACAACCUCAACCUGCAUCUUAGAAUAGCAUUCUGAGAUUAUAUUCUUCUCACCACAAUUGUACAAAUACCGUAGAUUUUCUCUAAUCAGCCAAUCGUGUGGCAGCAGUGCAGUGCAUAAAAUCAUUCCGAUACGGGACAGGAGCUUCAGUUAAUGUUCACAUCAACCAUCAGAAUGGGGGGAAAAUGUGAUCUCAGUGAUUUGGACCGUGGCAUGAUUGUUAGUCCCAGACAGGCUGGUUUGAGUAUUUCUGUAACUGCUGAUCUCCUGGGAUUUUCAUGCACAGUCUCUAGAAUUUACUCUGUAUGGUGCCAAAAACAAAAAACAUCCAGUGAGCAGCAGUUCUGUGGAUGGAAAUGCCUUGUUGAUGAGAGGUCAACAGAGAAUGGCCAGACUGGUUCGAACUGACGAAGUCUAUGUUAACCGCUCUGUACAACUGUGGUGAGAAGAAUAGCAUCUCAGAAUGAAGGGUUGGUCUUUUAUUGAUAUUCUUUUUCUCCCACACAAGUAAAAUGUGAACAAUUAACCUCCCUUGAAUUGUGAAGUAAUAUGUCAUUCUGUUAUUGCAAAUAGACUGUAGUAGUUACUAUAUUGGUAUGAACUUUUACAUAGUCCUUUAUAAUAAUAAAAAAGGGUUCUAUUCCCAUUGGUAACAUAUAACAUCUAAAUAUUAAAAUUAUACUGUAUGCGAAGGGUUUUUUUUAUUGUUUCUUGCAAAAUAAUGAAAGUUAUAUUUGUUCACUUAUACUGGUCUUGUACAAAUGUUGUGGAGAAAUUAGAGGAUUAAAAGAAAACAACAGAUCAGUUUAAAUUAUUGUACAGAAUACAUCUUUAACUGAAAAUGUUUCAUCCUGUCACUUAUCUACUCGUUGAAUUCUGAUGGCUCUAAAUACAGACAAUCUUUUAAUCACAUCUUGACUCAAAGUUGCUUGCUGAGUUUACGGGCCUGCCUCUCUUUGGCUUCAAACGCCACCUUGGUGUCCAUCAAAGCUUCAAACGAUCUGUGCAUCCCUGCCAUGUCUUGUUGAAGCACAGCACUUUGCCCAUGUAGACUCUGGCUUUCAUUUCUCAGCUGCUGAGCUAGAGCAGCCAAUUGGACACUCUCCUCCUGACACUGAGUGUGCAGCUGUAUGGCCUGAGAGAGCAAGUGCUCAGCAUGAUUCACCAUCAAGUCCAGCUGGUCCUUUGACAUCCUGUGGCUUUCCAAUUCACAGCUGCUCUAUGCAUUCAUAUUGGUUGAUGGAGCAUAAAAGAUGCAGGAUAUCAGAAAGUCUAAUAACAUUUGCCAUAAAGUCUAAUAACAUUUGACACUGUUGAAAUGACCAUAGACCAGCUGAAUCAUUAAUUGAAAUAAUUUUACACUUCUGCAAAGCAUAUUUCAAUAAAUCUAAUCGAAGUCUAUUGCCAGGAAUCAUUUGUAUAUAAACUUACAUGCAUAAACGUGUAUCCAAAUUUACAUUAGAGCAAUUUAAACAAGUUAUUCUGAUUUUACAGAUUUCUUAGACUGUAAAAAAGUUUCAGAGGAAUGCAGAGAUUUCGCAGCACAUAAGUAUUUUAAAGUGUUGUUGUGUUCUCAUUACUGUCACAAGCACAACAUGCUCUGUAGUCUCUUGUGACCUAAAUCUCUGAUGGCAGCACUAGUCUGAAUCAUCAGGCUCAAGAGGUAACAAGCUGCUUACUGAAAAGCUUACCUCAGCGCCUUUCUUCAUUACGAACACUAUCAAUUCCCUUCUGUAUAAGAUAUCAUUUAUUUUGCUGUUGAAUAUACCCUUCUUUUUAUUUUAAAGCAACAACUGUAUUUCUAGAGAUAGCAAUGGUUGGAAUGCAGUGCUAAUUGGAAGAGGAUGACUAAUAGGCAACUAUUAAUAACAGGAUUCUCUGUCUAGCAAUAACAGUUUAAUGAACCAUGAUAUAAAAUGGUCAUCUGGCUAUGUCCAUAUUUAAAAUUGUUGUCUAAUUCAUGUAGUUUAAUAGUAUAGUGUAUUCAGUAGUGUAUUGCUCAAUGUUGUAAAUGAUUGAAUGUUUGUGAAGUGAAUGCAUGGUUUAGAUGUUUGACUUACCAACUUAAACAGCAGACUAGUAUGUCCUUUUUAUUUCCACCGCACAGACACAAUAAAUGUUCCAAUUGGC